AUGCCUGGCUGGCUCCUGUCCCAGCUCUGGCCCCUGGCCCUGGCCGUGCUGUGGGCCCCCCUGUGCCGGCCGCAGGCCUGUGAGUGGUUCGUUCGACUCGGCGCCCUCGAGGAUCUGCACGAGUUCCACUGGAGCCUGGAGAAGCAGCAGCCGGUCACCAGCAUGCAGAGUGUGAUGGAGACCCUGACUGACCAGGCUGUGGAUCCACUGGAUCAGAAAGCAAAGUACCUGUGCUUUCCCUACUACAUCAGAAUAGACCUGGCGUGCAGGACAGCGGAGUUUGGAAGCUCAGCAGUGCGUGAGGCUCACCUGUCAGGGAUGAAGCCUGUUGUCACGGUGAGAUUCCAGGAGCCCGCCCACCCUGUCCGUCAGAAGCCUGAGAGGCUGGAGGCGGUCCUGACUGCAGCGCCGCUAUUGGACGAGGUCGGCUGUCACAGUGAGGUGUGUUCUAUGGGCUGGUACGUCCCCUUUCCACUCCUAAACGGGUCAGUGGUCUACCGGGUUCUGGUCCAAACCAACGGGCUGGGCCGGCACAUACCGGACAAGAGCUUUGCCAUGAAUGUGGACGGCUACGUGAGACCCAGCAAAAGCUCGCCCGGCCUGAUGGAGAGGUCGUUUGGAACGGAGGUGAUGGCCCUGCCCUCGAUGAUGAAGAGCCUGCACCCCUCUCGUCCGCUGUGGUUUGUUCGGUCCGUGACGCCGGUGCUGGUUCUGGGGGGUGUCCCCAAUAAUAAAGUGGUGCUGGUGUCAUCCACCGAGUUCAGGCACUCAACACUGGUGGAGGUGAGUAUCGAUAGCUGCUGGGUGGGGUCACUGAGCUGCCCGCAGGCGAACUUCUCCUCCACGAUCCAGGAUGUGAUCUCCACCGAGAGCACAAUUUUCAUCCGACAGAACCAGCUGGUGUACCGAUUCACUGGAGACUUCACACUGCUGCCCCUCACAGAGAAGCCCUCAGAGUUCUGGACCCGCAUGUUCAAAGGGCUUUGUGUGGAGAGGCUGGUCCCAGUGUAUUUGCCCUUCAAUGGAAAGGAGUAUUUCUAUGUGGUGGGAGGAGGCUGGCAGAGUGGAUACAUCUAUUCAGUAGAACUACAGGAUGGCUCUGUAUAUAGCUAUGAUAUUGUUGACCGAGAUGGAAAGAGACCCUGCGACUUUGUGGAAUGCAGAGACACCGCUGCCUUCACAUUUCCCACCCCGCUGCCCACAUUCAUACCCAGAGAGCAGGGCUCUGGGUUCCUGAUUGUGACUGGCUCCGAGUUGUUCACCGACACCCCGCUGGUCAUCAGAGGAGUCGAGUUCAACCCGUACAGCUGGCUGCUCAUUCUCUGGGGGAACGCGCUCAUCUGCUCAUACGACAGUGCUGUCACCUACAUGUUCUUCACUGGCUUCCCUGCCACUCAGAUGAUCAAAUACUUCGCUCUGUCCUUCCAAGGGGAGUUUACCUUCGUCACUGAGGAUGAGGAGGUGCGGUCUGUUCUCCUCUCCUUCACCCUCCCUCCCCUCUCUGUGUGGUGGGGUUUGGAGGGGCACCCCCAGGUGGUUCUCUUGCGUCCCUCCCCUGCCUGGGACUCGCUGGUGAUGCUGCAGCAGCUGAGGGGCCCGGCCACUGUGGAACAGGAGAGCCUCCUCACUGUCUUCUACAGCACAGAGGGGCAGCUGCACGAGGUGGUGUACACAGAGAGCGUGGCGGGGGUUGGCUCUGUGGCUAAGAGGAAGAUUCCCUUGUCUGAGCUCCUGUCUCUCCUCAGGUUCUCCUCUCACCUGCCCAGCAGCUCUGUCACACGGACCAGCUGGCUGAGAGGACUCUAUUUCUGGGCUGAGCUUUUAUUGGGGUCAAAUUUGUCUCCACUUUUGCAGAUUGGGGAUAUCAACCCUUACAUAUAUAGCCUCUGUCUCUUCUCUAGCCCCCCCCCUCUCUCCUCUCUCAGGCAGGGUGGUCUUUUUGUGUUCCCCUAUCCCUGCCCUUUCCAGCGGAUGCAUUUUGAAAGCCUCCCUCCUCCCAAUCUGUUCAGCCGGAUCCAGCAGUACCGGGCCGAGCCCCCCGAGGUUCUGGACCCGAUGGGCUUCUACUCUCCGAGUUCCCUCUCCAUCUACCACGGGCUCCUGUACCAGCUGCUGUGGCUGCACUCCCAGUAUAACCGGCCGUACGGAGACCCAGUUCACGACCCGACCUGGCGUUGGUGGAAGAACAAAGCCAUGUACGAGGAUUACUACUCGUACCUGGCCAGUAACCGUCUAUCCAGUGGGGGGGUGCAUGUGGAGAUGAGGUACUACGCCAAGGAGCACAGGGGCUGGAGCCAGCACUCCCUCCCAGACCGGAUCUACCUGGACAGGACCAGCACCUACCACUUCACAGUGUACCUGAGCCUGCGCAACCGUGCCCACUUGCAGAGGAAGCUCAGCAGUGUCUGGCUCGCUGCGGUCAUUUCAAACAUUGAUUACAUCGACAUCCUGGUGACUCGGCAGGAGCUCAUCAACAGAGGAGCCGUGCUGUACCAGGUAACCAUCCACACUGAUCAAAUCACGCUGGUCGAAAGAGCGAAGAUUACAACACAGAGCCUGACAGGACUGAAUCUCAAGAGCUUCAGCUUCACACUGUCGGUGAUGAAUGGAAUGAAGUCCUGCUACCAAGAGACUGAGUCUGGGCUGGAGCGGCAGGGUUACACUAUGCUCCCAGUGUCAGUGGGCUGCCCCCCUGGUCGCAGGAUAGCGUUUGACAUCACGUACACGCUGCAGUACACCAAGGAGACCAAUAAGCGCUACUUUGACUGCCUGGACCCUGACCCAGAGAUGCCCUGCUUCUACUAUGAGGACACUUUCUACCCUUUCUUCCAGAUCCAGGACAUGGUGUCAGGAGAUUCGGGACAGUUCCUGGGCAGCUACACCUUUCUGAUCAUUGGAGGAGGCCCCUACUCCCUGGACAAUAUGAGACAUUACAGUGAGGAGGAGAUCCUGAUAUACAACAGCCAGAGCCACAGUGAUAAGAUGGCUCUGAUCUGGACAAUGCCUGAAGGGAACGUCAACAAAACAGAACAAGGCUUCUACAUCUUCCAUGGGACUGCUAACAGCGUGGGCUGGAUUUGUCAGACUCGCUCUCCCUGCUCUGACAUCACUGCAGAUGGGCUCCAGGCUCCAGACUUCUACUUCUUUGUGGAGGUCUCUAACAGGGGAGUGGACACCAGCACGUACUGUGACUACAAGCUGCAGUUUGUGAUUCACAUCCACGGCCUGCCUCUCAACGCCUACAGAGGACUCUUCUGCAUGCUGGUGACGAUGGGUAUUCUGUGCAGUGUGCUGUUCUGCUUCAUCCUCUAUCAGUGCUGUGGACACCUGAUCUAUCAGAAAAUAACCGGAGUGAUCGACAACAUCAAGCACAGAAUGUUGCAGACCAGUGGCUCUGAGGUUUACCACUACAGUGAGGAGACACUCCACCUUCCUCGAGGCAGCAUUGCCGUGCACAGAGCAUCCGUAUUGGCUAAGCCCCGCCCUCCUGGACUUGAUGCGCACCCCCACCACUGAGGAACCCGAACAAAGACUUUCCCACCCCCCUCCCCUCAAAGCUGUUACAGCGCCUCCUGUCUAUCAGUUUUUAUACAAAGACUCAAAGAAACUCUUUGCAGUUCAAACCUUCUAGUUAUUCAUUUUUGAUCAGAAUUGAAAAGUCUUGGUUUCCUUUGUUUUUUUGUUUUUUUUGAUGCAGUAAUUUAUAAAACUGCGUUUCAGGAGCACAUUUAAACAGGGUUGUGUUUGCCAGUUCAUUUCAAGCCAUGUUUGAUCCAGUGUCUGAAAUCUAUAGA